GUAAGAGGAAGUUUUUACAGCAAACGUCAAUGUAAAUUAUGAAUGAGAUAGAAAAGUUGAGAAGUUUUAGAAUUCACUUUUAAUUAUGAUCAAAUCUCUUUGAGACUUUUUACAGGGUUAUUUUCAGACGCUUGCUGUUCCAGUUAACGUUGCCAGGAGCUGAAACGAACAACAAAACAAACCAACUUAGCAAACAAAUCAUGGCAGGAUCCGAGUCAAAAGCUGCCAAAGAUUUGACUGCAAUAAUGGAGACGACUAUGCAGCAACUUCAGAGCAGGUUUCAAAACCUAUCUGAACAGAUCAUCUCUAAAAUGGAUGAGAUGGGAACUCGUAUCGACGACCUGGAGAAGAAUGUUGCUGAUCUUAUGACACAAGCAGGAGCAGAAAAUCUUCAGAAAUCAAAUGAUACUGAUGAGCGAGCACGAUGGCCAAAGCAAUGAGCAGAAAGGCUGAGCUCAACAUUUUUGUGUAUUAAGUUAUGCAUUUAUAGUUUACAGGUGCCUUAUUUUGUAUUCCUUGUUUACAAUUUCAUAUACAUGUUUUAUGUGGACCUUGUAGCCUACCUUAAGCAAUAAAGUUUGGCUUCGUGUUUUAUUUAUUUUUUCAUUAAAUUU